CCGAAAAGUCCACCAAUGAGCGCGUGGCGGUUGCAACUCUGUUUUCGCCGAUGCCCAAGAAGAAGGCCAAGAAGUCGAAGUCGGCGGCGGCGAGCGGCGAAGACGGCGCGCCGGAAGCGCAUCCGGACGCCGAGUACGUUCCGCUGGCGAUCCCCGAAGAGACGGUCGAGCUCGUGACACUCGACAUGCGGCUGCUCAAUUGGAGCUACCUCAACUUCAAGUGGAAGGUCAAGACGUCGACGCGGCUCUUUGCCGUCAAGAACGAGAUUGAGAAGCGCCAUGGGCCCAUCACGAACCUCAAGAUCUGCAAGGACCACUUUGCCGAGGCGAACGAACUCACAGAUGAGAUGCUGACGCUGCACGAGUACGGCAUUGACGGCGCGCCGGCGUUCGAGAAGGAAGUCGUGUGUUUCAUCUACUACGACUUCAAGCCCACGCAGCACGACAACCCGCUCUUGCUUGCGACCGAGCAAUACUGAUGGACAAGAUUGUCAUACAAGAAUAAAUAGUCGAUGAGAGGAGGGUUAAAUAACUAGUACAAAACUAGGCCAGCUGGCUCACAAGGUGGCGCUGCUCGGCUUCCAG